UUCCUGCAUUGAGUCUGAGCUGCUAAGAGCUGGGAAUUGGUGCUGGGCCUCGCUCUAUUAAGAGCUGCAGGGCUGGGGACAUCUUGGCGGCACACUCCCAGUGAGACGACUGCUCAGGGACCCCCUAGGGCUGAGGGAGGGGCUGUGGAGCCCGCCCCAACCCCCAACCACAGGGAAAAGGAAGCAGAAAAAGGAGAAACAGCAGCAGUCACCACACUUGCUUCACAUCUCGCUCUUGGGACAUUACUGACGGGCAGAAAGCAACUGCACGGGAGCAGAGAGCCGCAGAGGAGGAGCAUUCCGCCACAGUCUGAUAACACGCAGGAUUUAGCCGUGGCCACCAUGGGUUCUGUGAAUUCCCGAGGUCACAAGGUGGAAGCCCAGGUGAUGAUGAUGGGCCUCGACUCAGCCGGCAAGACCACGCUCCUGUACAAACUGAAGGACGACCAGCUGGUGGAGACCCUGCCCACCAUCGGUUUCAACGUGGAGACUCUCAACGUCCCGGGGCAUGUGUCUCUGACCCUCUGGGAUGUCGGGGGGCAGACCCAGCUCAGGGCCAGCUGGAAGGACUACCUAGAAGGCACGGACAUCCUCGUGUAUGUGCUGGAUAGCACAGACGAAGCCCGCUUGCCCGAGGCAGUGGCUGAGCUCAUGGAAGUCCUGGACAACCCCAACAUGGCCAGUGUCCCUUUCCUGGUGCUGGCCAACAAGCAGGAGGCACCUGAUGCUCUGCCGAUGCUUGCCAUCAGAGACAGGCUGGGCCUGGAGAGAUUCCAGGACCGCUGCUGGGAGCUCCAGGCCUGCAGUGCCCUCACCGGCGAGGGGCUGCCAGAGGCCCUGCAGAGCGUGAGGAGCCUCCUGAAAUCCCGCAGCUAGCGUGUCUCCAGGCGAGUGCAGGUGCGGCAGGGCCCGGGGAGAGCAAGAAGUCUUGACCCGGACAGAGCAGCUUAUCUUUGCUCAUAUGAACUGGAAAAUCCAGCUAAUCCUUGAGAAUCUUAAACUCAGUUUAUCAAACAAAAAAUCCCUCUGCACUUGGACAAGAUGUUUUCUUCUUGGGACUUAUUAUCACCAGUGUUCAUGUUGAAAAUCAACUAUUCUUAGAAUAAUGAUACUCGAAGGA